AAGACAAGGCGGGUACAUAAGCCCUUACUCGGUCUAAAAACUGUGUAUUCACACUGUGCAAUUAAGGCUGGAAUGAUGGAUUUAGCAGCGCGUGUGAUAACAAGGAGUCAUAAAAGAACAAGCCUAUGAAGAAUUUCAACCACACCACAAAUGGCAGGCUACACGUUCUACCCCGAGGAGCUGGACAUCAUUCACCAGCAGAAUAGUUUUAACCAGGCUAGAAACAAAUCGUUUUUUUCUGCACUUAAUUUUAAUUUGAUCAAACCAUCCGCAAAGGAAAAUGUUCCCAACUCUGGUCGAAUCACCAGGUUAUUUCGGCCUCUACGGAUAAUUUUAACACUUUUGGGUCGUUGGCCAUUCCAACCUCAACCUCAGGAUGUGACGACGAUCAGUAGUAUUAGUAGUAGUAGUAGAACAAGUCCACUUUCCCAAAUAAUUGAACCUGACUUGGCUUGGAUCGAACAAAGAGCCGCUGCUGGUUCUAGAUUUGGGCAACCACUUCCGUCAGAUCCAACUAUUAGCCCAACAAUUCCCGUGUACGAUCUCUACACGGGUUCUCUCAAAUCUGGUGUGGUCUUUUGGAUGUAUUUCAUCCUGACAACACUUUUUCUUUCGACCGUUCUCCUCUUUUCCGUCCUUGGGUUUUGCGACUUUUUUCUCGACUGGCGUCUAUUCGCCGUGAGCUCGUGGGAUGAGGAAGAAAAGAGAAAUUUUGAAUCAAAUUUAGUUCCAUUCGUUUUGGUCUGGAGUUGCCUCUUGCAUUCCUCAAUUUCCAGCAUUUCCUUUAUCAUUAAAAGAAAAACGGUGGCCAAGUUCUUAAACUACUGGAAUUUUGCUAUUGACUCGAUGGACAUUGAUGUUCCAAAAGGGAUCAAACGAUAUGUUUUGAUGAACCAUGCAUUUUUCUUAUCAUUCCUCAUCAUUAUUUUCAUAGCAUAUAGAAUCUUAUGUCUCAACUUGAUUAGAGGAGGUUCCGUCCUCGUUGGAAUUUUGACCGUCCGUCCUGUCAUUUUCUUGUUUGACAGCACACAAGGCUUGUUUAAGAUUCGUAUUUUCGGAAUGGUGGUCAUACUUUAUUCCGUGUAUGCAUCAAGAGCAUUCCUUCUCCUCUUCUCCUUCAAAAGCAAAUUGUUAAGGCAUGCUUUCAAGAUUUGGAAUAAGAGACUGAAAAUGCUUAUCAGAUCCUCGCCCACAGCAACCUACACAGAUGAAAAGUUGAGAUGCGAGAAGGCUUUCGAAGACUACAGAGUCCUACUGAAACUUGUUCGAUUGACUGACCAGGUAUUUGGAAUGGUUUUGCAAUCCUACUACGGAAGUCAGCUCCUCAACAUGUGCUUUGAGUUGUAUUAUCUUGCAAGAUCAGGAACAUAUAACAAAACUCCUCUGGAAAUCUUAGCAGCUCUGAUUGUCUUGGUUCAAAAUAUUUACAUUUUUUUCACUGUUUCACUGGAUGCUGCGAACGUGAAUGAAGAGGCAAUGAGGGGACUUGAGAUACUGCGUCGUACCGGAAUUUCUCAAAAUCAAAGCAUUCACAGAAAAUAUUUGAUGGCAAAUAUGCAGAUAAUAUUUACUCAAAAAAUAGUCCUUUCCGGUGGCAAGUACUUUUCUGUUGACAGACCAUUCAUUGUUACGGUACUUGGUGCUGUUUUUACCUAUUUUAUCAUUGUUCUACAAGUUGGACCCUCUUUGCACAAGAAGAUUGAAGAAUCGUAGCCUAAGAUUAACACGAUUUCUACAUAUGUGAAUGCAUUUUAUUAUUAGAUAUAUGUACAUAUGUAGAUAGUGGCAAGAAAAAAUAAUGCUGGGAAGGAGACUCGCUAUUUUGUAGUAUGUAACCCAAAUUACUUAACUAAUUAAUUAAUUUUGAUUUGACCCUUAAUUUUUAUUACAUACUACAAAUUAGUGAGUCUCCUUCCCAUACUUUAUUAUAUAAAUAUACCCUCACUCCCAAAAUUCGCCAUAUACGUAUUGAUUCAAAUAUAUGGAUUCAUAACUUUGUAUGAACAUCUAUGGUGUUCAACAGUUAAAUUGAAAAAGCAACGUUAAAGAUCACGAAACCUGUAAUGUCUGAAAUUCUCACGGUAUAAGCUUCGACCAUAUGCAUCAUACAAAAAUCAAUUUAUGGAGAUUUAGUUUGAUGUCCUGUAUCUGUCCCUCCUGAAUGUGAAAUACAUACAUAUAUUAUUCACAAAAUGAUGAUUAUAGAAAUGCAAAAUUCAAAACGUAUUGACAUAUGCAAAUCAGGCUGCAAAUAAAUUCUGUAUCAAUGAAUUAUGUAUUCUGUGUAGUAGGAAGAAAAAUAUUACUCUAUUGAUGGCUAUCACUCAAAAGUGGUGAGCUAAUCCUAAGAUGUGGCAAUAGAAAUCAAAUGACUGGAGUUGUAGCUUACCAACCAAGCCAGAUAUGCACAUAUCAUUUAUGUACAUACCAUUUAUACGUAAAUCCUGAUAAGGCAAAGAUAACAAUGAACAUAAUUGAAUAUUUGUAGAGUUUGUAGGAUGACUAGGUUAUCCCGUCACGGCUACAAGUUGAUAAGUACGUAUGCAUAGCCUAUGACUGAAUUCUUUGGACAUAUCUACGUAUGUGCAUAUAACAUAACCUACAUGCAUAUUUACAUUCUGCAUGCAUACAUAUAUUGUCCAUCCAUCAUUCGGAUGGACAAUAUCUGAGAAUCGCUGUUCUUUGUAUGACUCAAGCUCAAUGAAAAUAUUCUCUUUAGUGCCACCGUGUGUAGUGUUAGUCAAUUGCAGACAGAAUGGUGACAAUAUUAAUUAUUUUAUCUUAAAAUAUUCGAUAUUGCUGAUAUUUCAGACCUGAAAUCAACAACCAAUAGAUACAUGAUUAAUUUUAGGCUUUAGUCAUCUACCAACAAGUGAGACUACAUAAAUAUAAUCGAGCAUCGUAUGCUAUUCAUACCGGACUUUUUUUCGUAACAAUAGUUGAUUUGUUUGUUGAAACUUAAGAAUAAUAACAAUGGAAGCAGAAAGUAUAAUCGCGAAAAUUUCCCUGGGAGAAUGUGCUGCAUUUCACGAGACUGACAUUUUCAGAACUUUCUGUGAAGAAUUCGUCAAGUUGGAAGAAAAACAAAACGAUCUCGCAACCAAUUUAUACAUCACGGCAGGAGUCCUGGGCGGCGUCUGUUUGGUUUUACUCAUAUUUAUCACAAUGCUUUUCGUUAAACUCAACAAUGGGUUUAACCAAUUGUACGAUGGAGACGUGUUACAAAAACGAGGAUUUAGCACGUACACUGGUCGCCCAACAGAAUCGAUGAAUCCUGCUUUUGCACCAUCACCGCAACCCUAUUCUGCUGGAGGUGGAGCAACAUUUGACAACGCUACGGCAGGAGGGGUUCGUGUCCUGCCACGAAAUCCACCCACAUUUCGAAACAACUCGCCCAAUGAAAAAUAUUAUUAGUUAAAUGCAAACAAGUGGAUUUUUGUUUAUAAAACUUUCAAUCUUUUGAUGAAUGGGAACAAAUCGAACAAAUUAUUAUUAUUAAAUGAACCUGUAAUAAUAGAACCUUUUUAAAAUGUUCUUUACCUAACCUCACACUUUUCAAAUUUUACAAUUUGAACGACAAGUACAUGAAGCUAUAACUUUCAAUUUUACUUAUAUAUUGAAAACUACAUAUAUUUCCCUUGAAUUUUCAUAUACUGACAAGUGUAAAGUGCCUUUUUUCUACACAUAAAAGCUGUAAGUUAUUCAUAUAAAUAUGUAAGUUGUCCGAGUGUACAGAUUGAAAAAUACAGGUAUGCAUACUUAUAGCCACGUAAUAAAUGGUAUUCCUAAAUUUGUCCUAAGUU